AAUUUAAAUGAUCAUAAUUUUCAUAAAUAAGAAGUGGAUUUUCGAGUUUGCGGCUGAACAUCCUAUGAAUACAGCGAUAGUUACUGCAUCAACCCCAAGUUGGUGGUGCUACAUUCAUAACCACCGUCUACAUCCUCAUUUCUUUCCUCGCCCUAAACACCCACAGUUCAGAGGUUUGCGGUUGUUGCGCAGUAAGGGAAUUGUUGAAUCUAGCUGGGGAAACAGUGCUGUUAAUGUAUCUUCAUGGGAUGAUAAACCCUUUGAAAUCCUUCCAAAUGGUAAAAGGUCUUACUUGGAUGAACAAGAUGUUGUUGCGUUUAUUGAUCCUCCCAAUUAUUUGACACCUUUGGAUCCAACUUCUUACAAUCCUGCUUCAUAUCUCUGGAAAAAAAUUGAAGAUGUUCCGGAGGAAAGGCGUCAUCGACUACUGCCACUGAUAGAACCUAGACUUAUAUCAAAAGCUUGGCAGAUAGCUGGUACACGAUAUGAGGAUCUUAAGUUAGUACGAAAAAGUGAAUCUACAUUGUUGAUCAACUCAAACAAAGAGGAUGUGAUGCUUGAAUAUUAUAAAUGCCAAACAAGUGGAGGACCAAUGCCAAUUUCCUGGAUUAAUUCCUUCAAAAAGGUUAUAUUUUCUUGCAAGGAUGGGAAGACCUAUGGACGGCUCAUUGGCGGAUCGGUUUUGGCUUCAUUUGCUGAUUCUUUCGCUCCUCUGUAUUUUACAAUGACACAAAUUAAGGAAGUGCUGUCAACUGAGGAGCCUUGUGAUUUAUCAUAUGAAUUUGGGGAUGGACGGUAUGAUAUCAAAGAACUUCCACUAGGAUUUCCUAAACCAGUUAAACAUCCUUACCCUUUCAACGAUCAAAUUGUUAUAUAUGUUCGCUAUAUUGGACCGGGUGUUUCCGUAGGGCAAGCAUGGCAAGAGGGAAAUAAGUUAGACCAAAUACCACGAAAAUUAUGUGGCGAGAUAUUAAUGGUGAAAGAUUACACAUCAUUACAAGAAAGCCAGUGAUGAAACAUUUUCCUUAAAAGGUUUUGCGCAUACCAACCGAUGCGUCUAUUAAGCUAUGGUCUGCAGACAUCUAAAUUUCUGUUUCUAAGGUAUAUGUUUUCUGUUUCUGUUCAGGCCACUUCAACAUCCUAAGUAAUUUGCAUUUCCUUUUUUGUUGACAAAAACACUAAUGAUAGCUACAUUACAAUCAUUUAUUAAUGUAGCAUGUUCUACCGUUCAUUAAAUCGAAUAGCUGAAAUUAACUGGUA